GUUGGAGGAUAAAUUCCUGGGACCGCCUUCUUCCUCUACCAUUCCUCACACUCAGUCUACCCAACCAACUUUUCACAAUGGGUACUGGGAAAAAGGAGGCUUCUAGGCGCGCGCGCCAGGGCAAAGGCGGCGAUGGCCUUAACAAUGUUCGGACCAAGGGCGAGAACUUCUAUCGCGAUGCGAAGAAGGUCAAGACCCUGAGCAUGUACAAGGAGGGAAGGGCGCAGAGGAAUGCCAAUGGUGAUAUCACCGUUGCUGCUACCUACCAGUCGAGAGACGUCCCCAACGCCCGGAUCGAGCCGAACCGCAAGUGGUUUACCAACACCCGAGUGGUUUCCCAGGAUACCCUCAAGGCGUUCCGUGAAGCGAUGGAUGAGAAGGCCAAGGACCCGUACCAGGUUCUUCUCAAGUCCAACAAGCUGCCCAUGAGCUUGAUUCGAGACGGUGGCAAGGACACCCAGAACGGCGUCAAGCAGCACCAGGCCAAGAUGACUGUCGAGACCGCGCCCUUUUCAGAUGUCUUCGGCCCGAAGGCACAGCGGAAGCGUGUCAAGCUUGGUGUCAGCAGUCUUACCGACCUGGCCGAUGACACUGAGAAGAGCAUGGACACCUACCAAGAUCGCCUCGAGCAAGCCAGGUUGCUGAGUGGUACUUCUGGCGACGCCGAUGUUGAUGACAACGACAAGCCCCUCACCAUGGCCAUCGAGCCCGUCUUUGACAAGGGUCAGAGCAAGCGAAUCUGGAACGAACUUUACAAGGUCAUGGACUCUUCUGACGUCGUCAUCCAUGUGCUUGAUGCUCGAGACCCCCUCGGCACCAGAUGCUUGAGUGUCGAGAAGUACUUGAAGGAGGAAGCCCCCCACAAGCACUUGAUCUUUGUUCUGAACAAGUGUGACUUGGUCCCUACGAGCGUCGCGGCUGCUUGGGUUCGUCGUCUCUCUAAAGAGUACCCAACUCUAGCAUUCCACGCUAGCAUUAACAACUCCUUUGGAAAGGGUUCUCUCAUCCAACUUCUACGCCAAUUCUCUUCCCUGCACUCGGAUCGAAAGCAGAUCUCUGUCGGUCUGAUCGGUGGUCCCAACACCGGCAAGUCGUCCAUUAUCAACACUCUCCUCAAGAAGAAGGUCUGCACUGUGGCCCCCAUUCCUGGUGAGACCAAGGUGUGGCAAUAUGUUGCCUUGAUGAAGCGCAUUUACCUCAUCGAUUGCCCCGGUGUCGUACCCCCAUCCAGCACAGAUACCCCGACCGACCUGGUUCUUCGCGGUGUUGUGCGAGUGGAGAAGGUUGAGCACCCUGAGCAAUACAUCACUGCUCUCUUGGGCAAGGUGAAGCAGCGUCAUAUGGAGAAGACCUAUGAGCUCACGGGAUGGACCAACUCUACCGAGUUUUUGGAGCUCCUUGCCCGAAAGGGUGGCCGUCUCCUCAAGGGCGGCGAGCCCGAUCUGGACGGAGUGGCCAAGAUGGUCCUGAAUGACUUCAUGAGAGGAAAGAUCCCUUGGUUCACCCCUGCUCCCGCUGCGGAAGACGACGAGGAUGAUAAGAAGGUUGGAGGUCGUGAAGGCAGACUCGGAGAAAUGCCCAGAAAGCGAAAGACUGAGGAGACGGUUGAGGACCCCGACGAGGCCGCCGAGGCACAGCUGCAACUGGAAGCCAGCGCAGCUACUCUGAAGGAGGAUGACGAGUCAGAGGAGGAGUCGGAGGAAGUCUUCGAAGGAUUUGGCAGUGACACGGAGGAGGCGAGGUCCAGGAAACCUUCCUUCGGCGCUACAGUCGACGGAGGGAGUGAGGCUGAGAGCAAUGCCGAUGAUGUCAUAUCAAUCGGUGGCUCUGAUGAGGAGGAGGAGCCUGAGGCCCAGCCCAAAGUGCCCCAACCCCAGUCUGAUAAUGAUGAAGAGGAGGGACGCAAGGCUGAUCGACCCAGCAAGCGACGGAGGAUCUCGAUGGACUGAAAAGGGUUGUUUGCACCUUCGAUCCAUGUUGUUGCGGGCCAACUGAACAACCAAACGAGCCCGAUCGUCACUCUGCU